AUGCAUAUCCCUAUCCACAUUGUUGCAUCUGCCACGCUGGCAGACGUUGUCAAUCCUCGCAAGCAGUUCAAUGUGAUGCCUCUCACGGCAUGGUCUGCUCAGAGUAUAUGUUCCCGCAGGCUUUCACCCAGCGUUCACAUUCCCAUCUGUCCAGUUGAAUCCGGUCAGAGUUCUCGCUCGGCCUCCCGGUCUAGAUCCCCACUUCUGUCGGCUGCAAUACACAGUAACUUUUCCGAGGCCAUUCCUCUGCCUUCUUUCAUCAAUUGCUGCUCUUCCUGCAUAUUACUGGAUGAUCCUAUUGAUCCCAUCAUGACCGUGUUUUACGACCUCAUUGCUGUAGCAACAGAUGUCACCGAUAUGAUAUCAACAGCCUCACUCACAGCCCAGCCUAAAGUUUGCGAGUCACUCGUUCAACGGGUACAUAGUAUUGGUAAAGCAUGGGAUGGGCAUCCGGAUUGGCAUGGGUGGAACUGGUAUGUGCAAGUCCUACCUGCUGUUGCCAGUCUCAGCCAUGUAGUCAAAUGGUGGGAGGCUGAAAAGUGAUUCUGGAAUUUCGAUGAUAAUGAGGACGAGCAAGACAAUACCCUGAUGUUUGUCUUGAAGCCACCCGAUGAGCAUCCUCCAGUGCCUACACCCACUGUCCGCAGUUGCCAGGAGGAGCUCCGUCUUACGGCCGAUGA